AUGCGCAUGAGUUGGUAUUGUUUAGAUAUGAGCGAUGUUUAGGUACAAAAGCCUCGACAACGAACUUAAAUAAUAAAGUUUCUGAAUAUAGAGAGGUACACGUUAAUCUUUAAGCCUAUAUGGCCACGGGCAAUGAAGUUGUGAAGUGGUUGGAUGUGAUGGGAGACAGUAAUCAAAGCGGCGUGAUCAACAGUUCGAUCAGUGAUCAGGAGCGCUUCAAAAGCUUGGAAGACAUCGAUGUGACUGCCGAUGGGAGCCCAGUGCUGCGGUUCAUAAUCUCCAUCACCUACUCUGUGGUUUGCGCCGUAGGUUUGAUCGGGAACCUUUUGGUCUUUUUCUUUAUUCGCGUUAAACAAGAGACAUGCAAAUCCAAAAUCAACUUCUUCAUCUUCAAUAUGGCCGUGACGGACUUUCAGUUCGUGCUCACUUUGCCGUUCUGGGCCGUGGACACCGCGCUGGACUUCAGCUGGCCGUUUGGAGAUGCCAUGUGUAAGAUCGUACUUUCUGUGACUGUGAUGAACAUGUACGCCAGUGUCUUCUUUCUAACCGCUAUGAGCAUCACGCGCUACUGGUCGGUGGCCUCUGCGCUCAAGGACAGCACCAGACAAACCAGUUGCUCUAUCAAAUGGGUCGCUGUCAUCCUCUGGUCUCUGGCCACCGUGGCCACCGCGCCAACAUCCAUCUUCUCAACAGUCACUAACGUGGCCGGCGAGAAACUUUGUUUAUUGAGAUUCCCCGACGGGCAGUAUUGGUUGGCAGUCUGUCAUUUGCAAAAGAUAUUGAUCGCGUUUAUUAUCCCCAUGGCAAUAGUAUCAAUGAGUUACCUGAUGCUGCUGAGGCUCAUCCGACAGCGCAGCAUGAAGAACAAUUCAAAGCGAAGAACGCAAGUCACAAAGUCCGUCACCAUCGUGGUUUUGUCGUUUUUCCUCUGCUGGAUGCCCAAUCAUGCCAUCACGUUUUGGGGCGUGCUGGUCAAAUUCAAUGUAGUGCACUGGGAUAAGACUUAUUAUAUCGUUCACACCUAUGUGUUUCCGGUGACGGUGUGCUUAGCACACGCAAACAGCUGUUUAAACCUACUUAUUUACUGCCUCAUGCGCAGAGAGUUCAGGAAAAAACUGAAGGAGCUGUUGUUUCUGCGGGUCUGAUGACGCGCGCUGUGCUGAACUUGCUUUUUGGUGCCAAUGCAACCAUUGAUAUCAAAGAACAAAUAAUUUAUUUCUUGUGUUGCCAAACAUGUUAUGUCAACAGAGACAGCAAAAGAAAAAAGCUGUACCCUAUUACUAUAUUAAUAUAGGUACAGCAUGUAAUGUUUUUAUUGCGUUGAAUGUCUAUGUCGCUAUGUUAAAUUGAAAGUGUUGUUCUUGUGAAACACAUUUUCCACAUUGUUACACAGUAUUUCCACAUUUGCUGUGUGCUGAAAAAAUAUAUGUAUUUUGGGCUAACGCACUGUAGCUAUAAUAAAACCACGACAAGUGUAAAUGUAGUGGCAUCUUACCGUAUCAGUUGCUGUAAGUAUGCGAAAUAUUAUGCUUGUCGUUUUUCGUGACAUGUUGCUUCAAAUUUUCCUCAUAGGGACCAACA